AUGAGCUCGCAGCCACCACCCUAUCCCUAUCCCUAUUCGCAGGCUGGCCGGCUGGACCCACGCAUCACACUGCCCCGGCCAGCCAUCGAUGUCGCAUUGGCGCCUAUUGUCGACUCGGUGCUGCUGCCGGAAGAGCUGGACGUCACCUUUAUGCGGAGUUUCGACCUGAGCGUGACCCUUGACAUGAUACUCGAGUCCCAUCCAUAUCUGACGCAUGCACAACAUGCAGUUCCAGGCUCAGAGGGCCAUACUAUUCCUCUAUCUGUCUUCACGCCUGCGGCAGCACGGGGCCCUCUGCCAGUCUUGUUCUUUGUGCAUGGAGGAGGAAUGAUCUCAGGUGACCGCUUCAGCACCAUUCCUUCACUUGUCGACCUGGUGCAAGAUGUGCCGUGUGCCAUUGCGUCAGUCGAAUAUCGCCUAGCCCCAGAAACUCCUGCUCCUGGUGGCGCUGAGGACUGCUACGAUAGUAUCGUAUGGAUGUCGACGCAUGCUGCAGACCUGGGGAUUGACGCCGCUCAAAUCAUUGUUUGCGGCUCAUCAGGCGGUGCCCCUCUUGCCGCAGCUGCCUGCUUGAUGGCACGCGACAGAUCAAAUCCUUCCAUCCCUAUCAAAGCCCAGAUGCUUCUUUCGCCUAUGUUGGACGACAGGUGUAACAGUGUCUCGGACCGUCAGUUUGAAUACGGUGUGCCGUGGAACGGUCUUACCAAUCGUGCCGCCUGGAACCAUGCCUUGGCCGGUCAGCGCGACACGGAACAUGUUUCCCAUUAUCAAUCACCAUCCCGGGCCACUGACCUGUCCAAUCUGCCCCAAGCAUACAUUGAUGCUGCAGAGUGCGAGGUCUUCCGCGAUCCUGCUGUCAUGUACGCCAUGACUAUGUGGCGUUCUGGUUCUUCGUGUGAACUGCACGUCUGGCCGGGAGGCAUCCACCUAUUUGAUGCCAUUGACAACCCUGAAGUACCUGUGGCUGGUGCAGCAAUUGCUGCUAAGCGCGCCUGGCUCAAGAGAAUGAUGAGAAGUACAAGGGCUGACAAGGACAUCGCAUAA